ACGUCUCUACUGGGGCUUUGCUCUGAUUUCAGCCAGACUCUGGUGUCGCUGGCGGCGCCUGUACAAUGCAAACCCUUAGCCAGGGAAAGCGACUGUGUGAAGCUUGUACCCCAGCAGGGGAGUAAGCUCUGCCCGCAGAUGGCACCUUUCCCGCCCACGCUCGGGCUGGCACCUGCGCAGCUACCGGAACGGGGGACACGCUCCCCGCCUUGGCUCCCCGGGGGAAGGGGUGCGGGGGAAAGGCUCGCAGUGCGCGCCAGGCGGGGGUGCCACUUGCCCGGGGGCUGGGAGCCGAGCAGCGGCCCUUGCAGGAGGUGAGGUGAGGCGAGCCGAGCAGGGGUCCGCCCCGCGCUGGGCUGGAAGGGGGGAGGAGGGGCCGUGUCUCUGCACCGCAUCGCCGCCGCUGGACGCCUGGCAGGCGGGCCAGCUCUGAGCGCGGCCCUCCACUUCCUGCACCGCUCCAGGCGGGACCCAGCGCGCGGCGCCCCCUCCCUGCUCGGCAUGGCGUGCUGCUGGGGCGAGUACCAGGUUUCUGUAGAUGGGAUUUCUGGACAAAGAGAAUGGAGACCUCUAAUUUAUAGAAAAUGCACAGAUGUACUCUGGUUGAUUUUAUUCUUUCUUUUUUGGGCUGGUUUGAUGUUUAUAACUGGCUAUGCUGUAACAGCUGGAUCUGCAGAAAGACUUGUUUAUGGGUAUGACAGCUAUGGGAAUAUAUGUGGUAGGAAGAACACUCAUAUUGAAGGUGCACCUCUUUCUGGACAGGAUAUGACAAAUAAAAAACAUGUGUUCUUUUUGAAUUCAUGCGGUCUGGAAAUUAAAAACCUUAAAAUCAAUUCAAUCGCCUUGUGUGUAUCUAGCUGUCCUCAAGAGCAACUUAACACUCUGGAAGACAUCCAGCUUUUUGCAAAGAACAAUGGUUCUUGCCUUUGUGUUUAUAACUUGAACAUAUCCAGUUACACACUAAAUCCAAAGGCAGCUGAGCUUUGUCCCACACUGCCAGUUCCACCAAGCAAAUCCUUCCCAUUGUUUAAUCGAUGUGUUCCACAAAACCCUGAGUGCUAUUCGCAGUUUGCGUCCAUCUUGAUAAAUGUGGUAAAUGAAGUCGAUGCUUUUCAUCGUAUUCUGAGUGGAAUAAUGGCAGGAAGAGAUACUGUAAUAGGACUGAGUGUCCUUGCACUAGCCUUCUCUUUAAUAAUGGUUUUAACCUUCAGAUUCAUCACCACACUUCUGGUCCAUAUUUUCGUGACACUAGUUGUGUUUGGAUUGUUAUUUGUCUCAGGUGUUCUGUGGUGGCUCUACUAUGACUACACCAACGACCCAAGCAUAGAACUGGAAACUGAAAAGGAAAAUGUAAAAUUUUUACUUGGAUUUGCUAUCCUAUCUACCGUGAUUACGAUGGUUCUACUUUCCCUCAUAUUUGUACUAAGGAAGAGGAUUCAGCUGACUGUACAGCUCUUUUGGGUUGCUAAUAAAAUAAUUAGCAGGGUACCUUCCCUACUGUUCCAGCCACUGUGGACCUUUUUGAUUCUCAUUUUCUUCUGGGUGUUCUGGGUUGCUGUGCUACUUAGCUUAGGAACUGCAGGGAGUGCACAAGUCAUUUCAGGAGGACAAGUAGAAUAUAAAAUUCUGUCUGGCAUUCGCUACAUGUGGUGGUACCAUUUAGUCGGCCUUAUCUGGACGAGUGAAUUCAUCCUGGCUUGUCAGCAAAUGACUAUUGCUGGAGCAGUGGUUACUUGCUAUUUUAACCGAAAUAAGAGUAGCUCACCACGACACCUGAUCCUGUCUUCCGUAUCAGUACUUUUUUGCUAUCAUCAAGGAACAGUUGUAAAAGGGUCGUUUUUAAUCACAAUAGUGAGAAUUCCAAGAAUUAUUCUUAUGUACCUUUAUGAUGCCCUGAAAGAAAAGGAGAGCGCAUGUGCAAGAUGCAUGUUCAAAUGCUGUUUCUGCUGCUUUUGGUGUCUAGAAAGGUGCCUCAGAUACUUUAACCAGCAUGUAUACACCACAACGGCCAUAAAUGGGACAAAUUUUUGUACCUCAGCAAAGGAUGCUCUCUUUAUUUUAGCAAAGAAUUCUGCUAAUAUAGCAUUCGUUAAUUGCUUUGGAGACUUCAUCAUUUUUCUAGGAAAGGUGUUUGUUGUAUGUUUCACAGUUUUUGGAGGGUUAAUGGCAUUUAACUACCAUCGUGAGUUCCAUGUAUGGGUAGUUCCUCUGUUGCUAGUUGCACUUUUUGCCUGCUUGGUAGCCCACAGCUUUUUGUCGGUAUUCGAAGUGGUCAUGGAUGUCCUGUUUUUUUGUUUUGCUGUUGAUAUGGAAACAAAUGAUGGAUCUCCAGAGAAGCCAUAUUUCAUGGAUCAAGAAUUACUGAGUUUUGUGAAUCACAGCAACAAGCUAACAGAGUGGGGGAAAAGCAGAAAGCAAAAGACCCCCCGAAACAAUGAAGAUGGUACAGAACUACAGCCUAUGGUGAAACAGGAACAAAGACGAUGUGUUGAGGACCUCAAAUAACAUGUCUCCCAGGUGUACUACAAGAAUGGGGGUAGACUGUAAAUAUUUAUUUUCUACUUUGUGAUUUCUUGAAGCAGCCAAAUUGUUGAGCCCCAGGGCUUUCAUCCCUUCAUACUAAUCAUUGUUACUGACACUGGAAGCUCAGGGCCAGAUUCUGGCCAUGAAUGGCCAGCAGUGAACUCUGCUGGUAUAAAGCAGGCAGAACUGGCUUUUGUGCCAACCACCCUUCCCAUCCCUAGCAUAGAGAGGGAUGAAGAGGCCCAGAGACAGCAUGUGGCAGGGUUCCUUGCAGCCUUUGGUCCUCCAUUGGCAUAAAGGCUCAAAAGGCCUUAAGUGUGAAUUACUGUAGUGCUAGGUUGUUCUAAUUCACACUGGGACUAGUGUAGAUUUCCCACUUCCCUGCACUGAGCAGUGCUCAGAUGUGGUGGAGAAUCUGGUACAUAGAAUCAUAGAAUAUCAGGAUUGGAAGGGACCUCAGGAGGUCAUCUGGUCCACCCCCUGCUCAAAGCAGGACCUAAUCCCCAACUAAAUCAUCCCAGCCAGGGCUUUGUCAAGCCUAACCUUAAAAACCUCAAAGGAAGGAGAUGCCACCACCUCCCUAGGUAACCCAUUCCAGUGCUUCACCACCCUCCUAUUGAAAAAGUUUUUCCUAAUAUCCAACCUAAACUUCCCCCACUGCAACUUGAGACCAUUACUCCUUGUUCUGUCAUCUGCUACCACUGAGAACAGUCUAGAUCCAUCCUCUUUGGAACCCCCUUUCAGGUAGUUGAAAGCAGCUAUCAAAUCCCCCUUAUUCUUCUCUUCUGCAGACUAAAUAAUACCAGUUCCCUCAGCCUCUCCUCAUAAAUCAUGUGCUCCAGCCCCCUAAUCAUUUUUGUUGCCCUCUGCUGGAUUCUUUCCAAUUUUUUCACGUCCUUCUUGUAGUGUGGGGCCCAAAACUGGACACAGUACUCCAGAUGAGGCCUCACCUAUGCAGAAUAAAGGGGAAUGAUCAUGUCCCUCGAUCUGCUGGCAAUGCUCCUACUUAUACAGCCCAAAAUGCCGUUAGCCUUCUUGGCAACAAGGGCACACUGUUGACUCAUAUCCCCUGAUCCUGUAUUAUCUCUGUCUUGUUAUGUGGCUUUGGUCUAUUCUAGCUUUAUCCAUUAUUGUACUAAAGGUAUUUAAGGUUUUACUUUGCCCUCAGUGUGAGGGUUCCUGUCAUCUACCCCAAGACUCCCCGCAAGAUAUUGAACUCCAUAGUGUGAAUUCUGGGUAGCCUGAUCCUGGGGGAAGAACCGUGUCACAGUCAGAGCAAUUGGCCCUUAAGCUAAACAUUAGCAACCUUAAAAAGGGUUAGGCAACAAACAAAAAUCACCAAAGGAAAAGAGAGCAGAUGCAUUUUCCUGUUUCUGUACAAGGCACUUUGGGAUGCUUGGAUGGGAGGGCCUACAUUAUCAACCUAGGCCAGCAAAUGAAAGAAAGACCAGCUGAUACCAGUCAGUGGGCUAGAGCUUCUCACCUCUGGCCAUGGUUUAAGCUGACAUUUUUGUUUGAUUGUGCUUUACACUGUUUAAAAAUUAGGAGGUGAAAGAAGGGAGAUGCCCCUCAAGAUGCAGUUUCAGACUUAAAGACUAAGGGUCUGUCUUCAAGCAGAAUUAACUCAAGUUAUAAUUUCAGUGUUACCCCUAGACUCCCAUCCACACUCACAAAUCUCUAGCUUGAGUUAGACCAUGUCUACACUACAUAGUUUUGUCAACAUAAGGCAGCUUAUGUCAACCUAACUAGAAGUGUACAUACUGCAAUGCUCCUCCCGCCACUUUAACUUGCCUGCUACGCUGAUGUAAUAAAACCACCUUGAUGAGAGGAAUAGAGCUUAGGGCAACGUAGUUAGAGUGAUGCAGUGUCAGUGUAAACACUGCAUUGCAUACGUUGCCCUAAGUGGCUUCCAGGAGGUAUCCCACAAUGCCACCCCUGACAGCUCUGGUCACCAUUUUGAACUCCCCUGCCCUGCAGCCUGGUAUACAAGUGAACGCCCCUCACCUGUUAAAGCCCAGGGCUUCUUUUGCUAACAGCACCAAGAGCGGUCUUUUCAGUCUGCACCUGACCCAAAAACCUCUCCCCACGUGUCAUCCAGGGUGAGCCACCCACUUUCAUCUGCUUCUUCAGCCUGUCAGUGUCACUCACUCAGGCUGUGGCUACCCUAGAGAGCGUACAGCGGCACCACUGUAUCGAUGCAGCUCUGCUGUUGUAAGAUCUCUAGUGGAGCCACUGAAAGCCAACAGGAGAGAGUUCUCCCACUGGCUUAAUUAAUCCACCCUCAACAAGUGAAGCUCUCCUGCCGACAUAGCGCUGUCCACACCAGCCUGAGGUCGGUGUGACUGAUGGUACUCCGUGGGUGGCUUAUUCACACCCCUGAUCAACAUAAGUGAUAGUGUAGACAUAGCCUGAGUCUAUUCUCAGUUUCUGUGUGUUCUGUCUGCCUAUCACAAUACCGAGGCAAACCUUCCAUUCACCCAUAGCAAGGUUUUAUCCAGCUACAAGUGCUGCAGAGGUACAACUGCAGUGCUGCAGCAGCAUUGUAGUGUAGACACUACGGCGAUGGAAGGGGGUUUUCUGUCACUGUAGUAAAUCCACCCUCUCAAGAGAUGGUACCUCGGUUGAUGGAAGAAUUCAUCCUUUCACCUGUCUACAUCUACGGUGGGGGGUAGGUCGACUUAACCCCCCACAGCGUGUGAAAUUUUUUACAGCUCUGAGCAGUGUAGCUAGGUUGAUCUAAGUUUUAGGUGUAGACCAGGCCUCAGGCACUUACGCUUUUUUCAUAGCAUUAUUGUACAGAGAAAUAACCUAAGCUCUUCGGUUAGAAUUCAUGGUUUUAAGUUUAUUAUUCUAAUUACGAAUGUCUGUGCUUGGUGUCUUCAUUACUUGUACUUUUGGUGAAUUUAGUCAAAAACUAUUGAAAAGCACAAAAGUGGAAUACAAAAUAGUUUCCCCCCCAAAGAAAAUCCUGGAUACACAGAUACAAGAGUGCACAAUCCCCCUUUAUUUUCUUGAAAGAUCACAUUUUACAAAUAUUUUGACAAAGUUAUCAGGGCCAGUGCUACAUAUUUGAUUCCCCCUCGCCCCCCCCCCCCCCCCCGGGGCUGUAGACUUGAAUUUGAGAUUGACCUUGAAAGCAUGCAGGCUAAGCAGUAAUAGCAGAAACUCAGACAAAACAAAGUGAAGGUUACAGAUACGUUGGGACAAAGUAAUUUUUAGAUGUGUAAACCCUGGUUUGUACCUCUUGCACUGAAGAAAAAAUUAGAGAUUUAAUUGUUUAAUUUUUUUAUGUACAGUAAUGGAUUUUUCCAGCAUAUCUGAUUUUAUUAAAAAAUGUAAAAGUAUUUAUGAUGUUUUAUAAAAGUUGAAUUAAUAAACAAAUCUCCUGUAA